AUGAAGCUCUUUGCAAAGAAGUCGUCCAAGAAGCAAUCCGGCCAGGACGAAAACGACUACGAAAGUAACAACUUCUUUCCCCCCUCAGAGGCUUCUUCUCCUACCAGGUCGCCCACUAAGUCGCCGACGAAAUCCCCCACCAAAAAAUCCUCCCAGCCCGCCUCUCCAGGCCUUCGGGAGACAAAGUCAUCUCGCACAUCCCGCUCCUUUGGUCGUCACCCUACCGACCCGGGUUCUCGCAGGAGCAGCAAGAUCGACUUUGAUACCCAUCCCCUCAACCUCACUCCUGAAGAGCGAGCAAAGAGACUGUCAGCCAUGAGCGGUCGCAACUCCCCCGGAGCCAUGGAUGUCGAUCGUGACUCCAACGCCGCUCCCUCCUCUCCUGCUGCCGCUCCCCAGCAGCCCGCUGCUCAGCCCUCCGCCCAGGCCUCAUUUUCUGUUCCCAUUCCGAAUGGCAUCAACACAAAUGUUAAUGGCAAUGGCGAUGCCCCUCCCCCUCCUCCCCACAAAUCAAACCCCUCCAGCCCGGUCCCUACAACAGAGGACGAGGCCGAGGCCUACAAGGGUGCGGGAAACAAGUUUUUCAAGGAGAAGGAUUACAAGAAUGCCAUCCUCCAAUACACCAAGGCGAUCGAGUUGUGCCCCGAUUCCGCCACCUACCUGAGCAAUCGCGCUGCGGCCUACAUGUCCAACACCCAGUAUGAGUACGCCCUCGAGGACUGCACCCGCGCCGCCGACUUGGACCCCGAGAACCCCAAGAUCCUCCUCCGUCUGGCGCGCAUCUACACCAGCCUGGGUCAGCCCCAGGAGGCCCUUCUCGUCUUUGGUCGCAUCAACCCUCCCCCCUCCGCCAAGGACCAGGCUCCGGCCAAGGAGAUGCUUAAGCACGUCACCGCGGCCCAGAGCGCUCUGAGAGAUGGCACCGCUGGCUCCAUGGUUCUCCACGCCCUCGACCAGGCCGAGAGACAGUUGGGUUUCGGCGCUUCCAAGCCUCGCAAGUGGCAACUCAUGCGUGGCGAGGCCUACCUCAAGAUGGGCACCGUCAAUGCCCUCGGCGAGGCGCAGAACAUUGCCAUGGGUCUGUUGAGGAACAACAGCCAGGACCCUGAGGCUCUUGUCCUCCGCGGCCGUGCUCUGUACAGCCAAGGCGAGAACGACAAGGCCGUCAGUCACUUCCGCAAGGCCAUCAGCUGCGACCCCGAUAUGCGCGAUGCCGUCAAGUACCUCAGAAUUGUCCAGAAGCUUGACCGUAUGAAGGAGGAGGGCAACCAGGACUACAAGAUGGGACGCUGGCAAUCCGCCAUCGAGAAGUACACCGCGGCCUUGGACGUCGAUCCUACCAACCGCGGCACCAACUCCAAGAUUCUGCAGAACAGAGCGCUUUGCAAGACCAAGCUCAAGGACUUUGACGGCGCCAUUGCCGACUGUGAGCGCGCUAUCAGCCUUGACUCGACAUAUAUCAAGGCCCGCAAGACCAAGGCCAACGCCUUCGGCCAGGCAGGCAGGUGGGAGGAUGCGGUUCGGGAGUGGAAGUCGAUCCAGGAGCUUGAUCCCGAGGACCGUACCAUUGCCAAGGAGGUUCGCAGGGCAGAGCUUGAGCUCAAGAAGAGCCAGCGCAAGGAUUACUACAAGAUCCUCGGUGUCGAGAAGGACGCCGACGACAACCAGAUCAAGAAGGCCUACCGCAAACUGGCCAUCAUCCACCACCCCGACAAGAACCCCAACGACGAGCAGGCUGCCGAGCGUUUCAAGGAUAUCGGUGAAGCCUACGAGACCUUGAGCGACUCUCAAAAGCGUGCUAGUUACGACAGCGGCGAGGACCUCAUGGACCCGUCCGACAUGUUCGGCGGCGGUGGCAUGGGCGGCGGCAUGGGUGGCAUGGGCGGCAUGCACGGAGGCAUCGACCCUGAGAUCCUGUUCAACAUGAUGGGAGGUGGUGGCGGCUUCGCUGGCGGUGGCGGCUUUAACGGAGGCGGCUUCCCCGGCGGCGGCGCACACUACUCCUUCGCCGACGGCUCCGGUCGCCCCCGCGGCGGCAGCGGCUUUGGCGGAAGAGGCUUCAACUUCUCGACCUGA